AAAAAUACCUAAUCUUUUUUUUAACAAGUUGAAUGCAUGUUUCUUGGUGUUUUAGGUCAAGGGGAUGGGAUGAAAAGCAAGCCGAAGAGGGAAGGUCGGCAAUUUGCAAGGCAACGCCAUGAUAAGAGCUCUUGUUAUUCAGGAACCGGGCUUCAAGAAACCCGAAACUGCAACGAGAUGCAAGAGGCUGGACACCCCUUUAAUAUUGGCAAAAGCUUGAAACCGGAAGCCAAGCGACCGCGUUGGUAGGGGAGAUGAAGGCAUUGGGCAGCGCAGCGCAGCGCCACGUGCGCAGGAAGGGUUAGUGUUUGAGGGAGGUCUGCGAUAUAGAAAGGCUUUGAUGUGCGCAAGAUGGGCCUUGUUCAUUUCUUUCUCCCCUUCUGCAGCGUUUUGCAUUGUGUGCAUCAUCACCUGCAUAUAAGACGUUUGGCUGGGUGGUGGCUCCCCGGCUUUCCUAAUUGGGCGAUUUGGCGUGUCAAGUGUGUUUCGGCCGUUUCGGCCGUCUCGCCGGCCGGUGGAUUUUGGUGUGCGGCGCCGGCACGGGAUGCCCAGCGUCCGUGGGUGCACCUGGAACGGGAACUUGCCUGGGCAUGUUUGAUCAGGGAGGGAUGACGGGUAGUUGAGAUGUCUGGAUUUAAUUGUAUUUUUUUUUAUUUUUAUUUAUUUAUUUAUUUAUUUUUAAAAUUGGAGGUGCGUCGAUGCAGCCUUUUCCGUUUCAUCGUCACGGAGGCACAACCGGGUCCCUAGGUUUUCGAUAAGAGCAGAUGAUUUUCCAUGUUUCUUCUUUUUCUUUCUGUUCGACCGUCUUUCUGUGAGAAACUGUAGAUCAGUGUCUGUGCUGCUUGCUCCUGGAUAAGAGCUGUGUUUUGGCAUUUCCCCUCCGACUCUCGCUUAUACCCUCUCCUUUCUCUUCUUUUUCAUUUCUUCUUUUACAGCAAAAUUACUUCUUCUUAAUACCAACCAGCCCAGGCUUGACGUCUGAGACUUACACUCUCUUUUGACCUUUUACAUCUUCAAUCGCUCGACAUGACAAACAUUAAGCUCUUCGCUCUGGCCCUUCUGGCCGCUACUACCACCACUGCCUCGCCUGCAGCACCGCGACUAACACCGAGACAAUUGGGCUAUCAUAGCUUGGCUACUCGACAGAAUGCUGCUGCGGCAAAGGCUGGCCUUACCGACUUGGACAUUCUCCAAUUUGCCUUGACAUUAGAAAACCUCGAAGAGACCUUCUAUCGCCAGGGUUUCGCCAAGUUUCCCGAAUCCGACUUUGCCGCCCUCGGCCUCAACACCCAGCAAAUAGCAGACCUCAAGCAAAUCGGCAAGACGGAGCAAGAGCACGUCAUCCUGCUACAGUCCGCGCUCGCCCAGGCGAACCAGAAGCCCGUCCAGCCAUGCACGUAUGAAUUCGGCUUCACCGACGCCGCCGGCAUGGUCAAGACGGCGGCCGUACUCGAGAAUGUCGGUGUAUCAGCCUACCUCGGCGCCGCGCCGCUGCUCUCGGACCCGGCCAUCCUCGGCACCGCAGGCUCCAUCUUGACCAUCGAGUCGCGCCAUCAGAGCGCCAUCCGCGUCUUCUCCAAGCAAGUGGCUGUCCCACAAGCCUUUGAUGCACCGCUCGGGCCCAAGGCCAUCUUCUCCCUCGCGGCCCCCUUCAUCAAGGAAUGCCCCCAGGGCUCCAACUUGGCUAUCCAGGCGUUCCCUAAGCUCGCUAUGGAUCCUGCCCAGGCAGCGGCGGCCAUGAAUGUCGGCACGCAGAUCAAGCUUACAUCGGACGCUGCCGGCAGCGCCACGCAUUGCGGCUUCACGUCGGGCGGUGUUGCGCCGGGCGGUACAAUCUUCACGCCGUUCAAGGCUGGUGAGGGAUGUCCGAUCCCAGAGGGCGUUGCGGGCAUCACGUACUUGUCCUUGACAAACAGUGCGCCGUUAACGGGUGCCUUGACGGACGAGAUCACGGUUGCUGGCCCUACCAUUGUCACUGUGUCGUGAUGAGGUAAAAGGACCAAGGUUAUAUUAUAUAUAAGCUGGGGCUGGGACCAGGCGUUUCUUCACUUCUCGUUUCAUUCUAAUUCCAAGUCACAAAAUUUCCUCUUGUUUAUUCUCGUUUAGCAUACAUCACACUCGGGCAUUGCCACAGUAGAUUCAGGACAUGAUUAUCAAUACCAAAGGG